AUGGGUGGUCGUAAACCAUGUUGUGAUGAGGUCGGGUUAAGAAAGGGACCAUGGACCGCGGAAGAAGACGGGAAACUAGUUGAUUUCCUAAGGACACGUGGCGACAGAGGUGGAUGGUGUUGGAGGGAUGUGCCGAAACUGGCGGGACUAAGGCGGUGUGGCAAAAGUUGCCGUCUCCGGUGGACUAACUAUCUCCGGCCAGAUCUCAAGAGAGGUCUUUUUACUGAAGAGGAGAUCCAACUAGUCAUUGAUCUUCAUGCUCGCCUUGGCAAUAGAUGGUCCAAGAUUGCAAUAGAGUUACCGGGAAGAACAGACAACGAUAUAAAGAAUUAUUGGAACACUCAUAUAAAGAGGAAGCUUAUUAGAAUGGGUAUCGAUCCAAACACUCAUCGUCGAUUUGAGUUUAACCAACAAAAAGUCAACGAGGAGGAGAAGGUGUUAUUGGUCAACAGUCCAAAGCCUCCGAGUCAGCCAGAGGUACCUUUGGUUCUUCAGAAUGACACGUCAGCUGGAAAUCUAAACAAUUUGGCUGACGUGGACGGUGAUGAUGAUCAGCCGUGGAGCUUUUUAAUGGAAAACGACGGAGUAGUAGGAGGUGGUGGCGGCGCCGGAGAGCUUACGAUGCUAUUGUCAGGCGACAUUUCGUCAUCAUGUUCUUCUUCGUCUUCGUUGUGGUUGAAGUAUGGAGAUUUGGGAUAUGAAGAUUUAGAACUUGGUUGUUUCGAUGAUUAGAGAUGUUUUAAGUAUGUUUAAUUAGGCCGUAGGUUGAUAAGUCAUAAGGUUCAUUGACUUGAUUCUAUAACCAUAGAUGCACGUAGUUGGACUAAUAUAACGAAUAAAACAUAUAGUAAUUUC